UCUAAAUAAAAAUGUAUUGCUACUUUAUCACGGCAAUUAAAAAACUGUGAUUUCUCCAAAAAAUAUAAUUUAUGAAAACGUAAACCGCAUUAAAAAUCGGGUAUUUAUGCAUCGUGAAUUAUUAACUUUUCGUUCACUUUGGUUAAUUUUAAGAUUUAUAAAUUGAAAUUAUAAAGAAACACGCUUCCAUCAAUAGAACUACUCAAUUUUAAUAAAAUUAUGAAUUUAAACGAUGGAUAAAAUUAAGAUAUUUGGAAGUUUAUGCUCAAUAGGAUUCCAGCAGAACGAAUAUUUUAAAUUUAAUUUGGUUAUUUUGGUAUGUCUGCUAAGCUUCUCCAAAGGAAUUUCUGGAUCAUCAGAUCCCUGUGUUGCCUGCAGCUGCACAUUUGCUAAUUGUACUGUUGGUCAGUACUGGAAUACAUCUGGUGGUUGUUUGCCAUGCCCUGCUGGUCAUUAUUGCUUGGGGGCAGAAAAUCCAGCCACGCCUUGCCAAGCUGGCACAUUUAACCCUAAUGUUUCACAGUCGAUGUCAGCAGCCUGUCAAACAUGUGCAACUGGUAUGUUCAGUUCUGCUGGUUCUUCCUCUUGUACACAGUGUCCAGCUGGUUUUAGUUGCACUGUCAAUGGAACAUUAGCAGCAUGUACAUUAGGACUGUAUUCUCCGCUUGGUGACAGUAGUUGUACAUCUUGUCCAAGCAACCAUAUAUGCCCACCAGGCUCAGCAUCUCCACAACUAUGUGACGGUGGCUUUCAACCAAACACUACUUCUCAUCAAUGUUAUCCAUGUCCUGCUGGCAUGUUUUCUUACAAUGGUAGCAGUAAUUGCCAAAGUUGUGCAAAUGGCACAUACAGUGGAGAGGCAUCAGUGUCUUGUUCUAAUUGUCCAGUUGGUCACAUAUGCCAUGACAACAUAACGCCACAGAAAUGUUUACAAGGAACUUAUGCCUCUGUUGAUCAUACAACUUGCAAGGAUUGUCCCAAGGGACAUAGUUGUCCCACAGAUGGUUUGGACAUACCACAGUUAUGUGUAAAUGGAACAUACCAAAAUGAAAGCAAGCAAGCUAGUUGUUUAUUUUGUCCUGAAGGAAUGCUGUGUUCCAGCAUUGAUCAGGCUCCAUCACCAUGCCCUGAUGGACAAUACAGUUUGCGUGGCAUGAUGGAAUGUAUGACUUGUCCUGCAGGACACAGCUGUCUCAAUAAAACAUCACUAACUCAAUGUUUGGUUGGUUAUUACUCUCCAGGGAAUCAAAUCAACUGCAGUAUAUGCCCUAGAGGUUUUAAAUGCCCAGUAAAAGGUUUAUUUACUCCUAUUGCAUGUUCACCAGGUUCUUACCAACACAUUGAAGGGAGUUCAAACUGCAAUGGUUGUGCUGCAGGCUUAUUUUGCAAUGACACAAGCUCACAAGGAGUUCCGUGUCCUACUGGUUCUUAUAGCUCAGAAAACGCAUCAAUUUGUUUAAUUUGUCCAGCUGGAUUCAGUUGUCUAAACAAAGGAGAAGCACCUGUAAAAUGUAACAAAGGAACAUUUUCAGCAGCUGGUGAAAUAGAUUGUAAAAAUUGUUCAAUUGGUCAUUAUUGUCCAACGUCAGGUGCACAUGUCCAACAACCAUGCCCUGCAGGAUGGUUUUCAUUAACAAAAGGGUUGGAUAUAUGUCAGCAAUGUCCAAGAGGUCAUCGUUGUCCCUCCACAAUCUCUGCGCCUGAACCUUGCACUAUAGGUCAAUAUGCAGAUGGCACUGGUUUGGAAGCUUGUUCACAGUGUCCUUUUGGAUAUUAUACCACCACAAAUGGAAGUGACACUUGUAAUGUGUGUCCUGUAGGUCAUAAAUGUACAUUACCCAACCAAGAACCAAUACCGUGUACUGGUCAAGAGUACCAACCAUCUGAAGGAAAGGAUUUUUGUUUAGUUGUUCCUACUGGCCAGGUUGUUAAUAAAACGACUGGUGAACCAAUGAAAUGUCAUGCUGGUGAAUUUUCAAAUGGAACAGAUUGUGUACCAUGUUACUUAGGACAUUACUGUCCAUCAUCUGCUUCAGCACCUAUACCAUGUCCAAUUGGCACAUAUGCUGACACACUUGGUUCGCUUAACUGCAAGUUGUGUCCCCAAGGUCAUCAUUGCCUUGAUGCAAAUUCCAGUCCAAUCAUGUGUAAGAAGGGAACUUAUAGUGCUAGUGGGCAAAUCAAAUGUGAGAAUUGCCCAUCUGGUCGAUACAGUGUUGAUGGAUCAUCUGCUUGUGCACCAUGUCCUGGAGGUUACAGAUGUACUAAUGGUACAGCGCCUAUAUCUCCUCCUAUUUUGUGUCCUGCUGGUACCUACAGCUCAUCUGGACAUGGUAUUUGUAAUUCUUGUCCAACAGGUACCUACAGUAGCGAUGGUUCAAUCUUUUGUUUAUCUUGUCCCAUGGGUUACACAUGCACUGAUCCCAGUGCUUCUCCUGUAGCAUGUCCUCCUGGUUUUUAUGGCAGUAAUGCUGGCGAAAUUACAAAAUGUGUUUUCUGUCCAGCUGGAUAUGAAUGCAUUGAUCCAGCCAGACCUCCUGUACCAUGUACGACAGGUAAUUAUUCAACUGGUGGCAAUUCUUCAUGUAGCCUCUGUCCUGCAGGGAAGUCCUGUCUUGAUCCAAGCCAACUUCCUACAAAUUGUGAAGUGGGAACAUACAGUUUAAAUGGAGAGACGCAUUGCUUGCCAUGCCCUGCGGGGAUGUAUUGUCAAUCUACAUUAGCUAUAGAUGGAGCAUGUUUACCUGGGACAUAUUCUUUGAAAGGAGAAGCAACAUGUAACAAUUGCUCUGCUGGUUUUAUGUGUCCAAGUAGGAGCCAUCUACCAAUUCGCUGUAAGUUAGGCCAAACAACAGAUGGAAAAAUAAAUCAAGAAGUUUGCACCAAUUGUCCUGCUGGUUAUGCUUGCCCAACUCCUGCAAGUGUGAUGACUCUAUGUUUAUCAGGCACAUUCAGCUUAGGCUCAUCAAGAUCAUGUACUACCUGUCCAGCAGGUUACCAGUGUCCAAACACUACUCAACGCCCAGUCAUCUGUUCAUCUGGUACUUUUUCCACUGGAAAUCAAACGUCCUGUUCUGCAUGUCUUCCAGGUUAUGCAUGUGCUUCUGUUUUAAGAAAUGCAACAGAAAUGUGUCCUUUAGGAACUUAUGCUGCUGGCUCCCAGUCUGCUUGUACUGUCUGUAAAAAAGGUUACAUGUGUCCAGACCCUACUGGCUCACCUAUUUCGUGUUCAUCAGGAUCUUUUUCUCUUGGUGGAGCAGCAUCUUGUACUUUGUGUCCCCGUGGCAUGCAAUGUCCAAAUACAGAUGGAUCAGGGAAUGAACAGUGUACACUGGGGUUUUUCUCACCUGGAAAUAAAACAGCAUGUAUACAGUGUCCAGCUGGUAAAGCAUGCCCUGCAAUUGACAUUUCAGUUCCAAUUGACUGUCUCCCUGGUACUUACUCUAUUGCAGGACAAGCUAAAUGUACCCCGUGUUACGCUGGUUAUUCUUGUCCUGAUGUUGACAAAGCAACAAUGUCAUUGUGUCCAGUUGGUUCUUACAGUCAUCGUGGAGAGCAAAAUUGCACUCAGUGUCCUCCUGGUUAUGCAUGUCCAAGUAAGCAUGAGCCAUUGCUUAUAGCUUGUGCACUGGGUUCAUACUCUUUGGGUGGAGCAAAGGAAUGUACUCCUUGUCCAGGAGGAUAUGCUUGCUCUAACACAACUAGUGAAGGAACUGAAUGCCAGGUUGGAUAUUAUAGUUUGGGUAGAACAUAUACGUGCAUUGCUUGUCCAAGUGGCUACCACUGUCCGUCAAAAGACAAAUAUCCAAUAAAAUGUGAAGCAGGCAAAUAUUCUAAAAGUGCAAGUCAAACUUGUUCAGAAUGUGACCCAGGUUAUGUUUGCAAUGAGGGUAGCACCAGUGCAACUCCUGCUGUUGGUUUGUGCCCAUAUGGUUAUUAUUGUUCUGAUAAAAUUUCAAAAACUGCUUGUCCAGCCGGAACCUACGGUAAUAAAACAGGUGCAGUAAGUGAAACAGAUGGUUGUGCACCAUGUCCUGCAGGAUAUUAUUGUGAACCUGCAACAGCAGGGUAUCCAACACACACUCUAAAGUGCCCAAAAGGACACUAUUGUCCAAUUAGUACCAAAACGAAGUUUGAAUACCCCUGUCCAGAUGGCAAGUUUAACAAUCAAUUGGGAUUAGAAAGACCAGAACAAUGUAAACUAUGCUUACCUGGACGAUACUGUAGUGGUGGAGAUCCUACGGGUGAUACAUUAUGUCCAAAGGGGCAUUAUUGCUUGGCAGGAACUACAUCUGCAAAAAAGUAUCCAUGCCCAGAUGGAUUUUACACUAAUAAAGAAGGUGCUGAAAAUCAAGGUGAGUGUGAACAAUGUCCUGCUGGAUAUUAUUGUCCGUCAGGAUCAGAUGAGCCAAAGCCUUGCGAGGCAGGUACAUAUAACCCACAUUUGGAGCAAGGUCAAAAAAAAGAUUGUCGACAAUGUAUUGCUGGUAUGGCUUGUCCACAGACUGCUCUGACUUAUCCUUCAGAAGUAUGCAGUGCUGGAUAUUAUUGUCCAGCUGGAUCAAAACAACCAAACGAAACUAUGAAUGCAUGCCCACCUGGUACUUACACAGACUAUCACAACAGUACAGCGGAUAGAGACUGCACUUCAUGUCCCCAAGGUCAUGCAUGUGAAGCAGGAACAGGAGGAAAGCAAAAGCCACCCCAGGCAUGUGCAUCAGGUUAUUAUUGUCCUAUGGGAACAAGUCAUUCAAAGCAAUUCCCCUGUCCAGCAGGUUCUUGGUCGAACUUAACAAAUCUCGUAAUUCAUACUGAUUGCAACAAAUGUCCAAAAGGCUGGUACUGCUUAGAGGGUUCAGCUGUUCCAUCUGGAAUUUGUCCAACUGGUCAUUACUGCCCUGAAGGAACAAAAUAUGACACAGAAUUCCCAUGCACAGCUGGAACUUAUACAAAUCAAACUGGCAAUGUUAGAUGGGAAGUUUGUAAAGACUGCACUAGAGGCCACUAUUGUCCACAAGGAUCAUCAUUACCAAGCCCAUGUCCUACAGGUCAAUAUCGAGACGCAUUGAAAGGAAAAGUAAUAGGAGAUUGUUCUUCAUGUACAGCAGGAUAUAGCUGUCCAAUUAAUGGCACAGUUAAACCAGUCGCAUGCGAAGUUGGUAAUUUUUCUCCACCAGGUGCGUCAUCCUGUACAAAAUGCUCUGCCGGUUAUUAUUGUAUGUCGAACACCACAAGUUACACGGAGAUGAAAACAAAGUAUAUUUGUCCUGCUGGCAUGCAUUGUCCUUCUGGAAUAUUCUAUCAGCCAUACCCAGCCUUAAAUCCUUGUUGGAAAGGACAUUACUGCGUUCAAGGAGAUCAGAAUCCCUAUCCCCAAAAAUGCCCUAAUGGAACAUAUAAUCCGUUUACUAACAUGAAAAAAAUUACGGAUUGCCUGAAAUGCAAAGAAGGUUAUUAUUGCGAACCAGAAGGUCAAACUGAACCAACAGCCAAAUGUCCACAAGGUUACUUUUGUCCUGCAGGCACUGGUUACAAAUAUAAAUACCCAUGCCCAGUUGGCUUCUAUAGAAAUGCAUCUUCAGCUAUAUCUAGCAGUGACUGCAGUAAGUGUUUUGCUGGUAUGUACUGCAAUGAAGAAGGACUACCAUUCCCAAAAAUAUGUCCUAAGGGUUCAUUUUGUCCAACUGGUUCAUCAAUUCCACAACCAUGUCCAUCUGGAUACUUUAGUAACCAGACAGGAUUAAAGCGAUCCGAAGAUUGCACUGCAUGUCCUGCGGGAGAGUACUGCGCUGCUACAGGAAAAAUAGAACCAACUGGUUUGUGUGAUGCUGGGUAUUAUUGCAAAGGAGCUGCUGCUACAUCAGCUCCAUCAGGAGGUAUAACUGGAGGGCCUUGUCCAAAAGGAGGUUACUGCGAACGUGGAGCUAAAAAGCCAUCACCGUGUCCUGAUGGAAAGUAUAAUCCAAAUGAAGGAGGAGAGUCACCAGCAGAUUGUUCAGCUUGUCCUACAGGGUAUUAUUGUGCUGGAACUACAAAUGAAGGACCGACGGGGCCAUGUGAUCCAGGCCAUUUCUGUAAUGGUAGUGCCACAACCCCGAUUCAACAUGUGGCACCCAAAGGCCAUUAUGCUGGCACAAAUGCAUCUUUUGCUACACCAUGUCCUCUGGGGACAUACCAAACUCAAGCUAGAUCACCUAAAUGCGAUGACUGUGUAGAAUCAGCAUACUGUGAUGAAACUGGGCUUUCUGAAGCCAAAACUUGCUAUAAAGGUCAUUAUUGUCCAAGGGGAACCAUCCACCCACUUCCAUGUCCACGUGGAACAUACCAACCAGGAACAUCUAAAGUUAAUAUUACAGAUUGUCUACCUUGCAAACCUGGUGAAUACUGUGGUGGUCCUGGUUUAAAUGAAACCUCAGGACCUUGUUAUGGAGGCUACUAUUGUAUUGGUGGAUCGCCACAUCCUAAUCCAGGUAAUGAAUCCAUUGGUUUAGAUUCAGGAAAUUACACUUAUGGUGGUGUAUGUCCAAAAGGUCACUUUUGUCCAGAAAAAACAAUACGAGCAACUGAUUUCCCUUGUAAGAAUGGUACUUAUAAUCCCAUUUAUGGUGCCAAGAGUGAAUUAGAAUGUGAACCAUGUCCUGGAGGAAGGGUAUGUUCAGCAGCUGGAUUGUCUGAGCCUAAUGGGUACUGUUCACCUGGUUUCUACUGUAUAAAAGGUGCAACAUAUGGUGAGCCUAUUGAUGGUAUAAUUGGAAAUAAAUGCCCUGUGGGUAGCUAUUGUCCACGUAAUUCAUCUACUCCUUUUAUUUGUAAACCAGGGACAUUUAGUAACAUUACUGGACUUUCAGAAUGCUUUGCCUGUCCAAAAGGACAUUAUUGCAGUAACAGCAUUGAUCCCAUAAAAUGCCCUCUUGGAUAUUACUGUUUGGAAGGCUCCAGUUUUGCAGACAUAAUCGCUUGUCCACCUGGAACAUAUGACAAUUCUGGUGGCUUGACAGCACGUAAUGAAUGCUUACCUUGCCCUCCCAAAAUGCAUUGCUCUAAAUAUGCAGUGACAGAAUUUACAUCAAACAAUGGUUCUGGCUUGUGUGAUCCUGGUUUCUAUUGCAAGCAAGGUGUAAAUACAAGUAGGCCGGGUUCUUCAUUUUCUGGAGAUGGUGGUAUAUGUCCAGAAGGUUUUUACUGUCCAAAGGGGACGGAUAUACCACUGGGAUGUCAUAUUGGGACUUAUUCAAAAGCACCUGGACUAAAGAACGAAACCGAAUGUACGCUGUGUGACUAUGGUCAUUAUUGUGGCCAGACCGGUUUAAAUGAAACAUCGGGGCAAUGUGAUGCAGGCUUUUAUUGUCUACGAGGUGCUAAAACUAAAAACAAUGCGGUUGAAGACCACACAGGUGGUCCAUGUCCUGUUGGAAAAUAUUGUCCUCAAGGAACGUCAUUUCCACCUGGUUGUUUACCAGGCACUUAUAUGCCUGUUCGUGGAGCUUCAAAGUGUUGGCCAUGUUUAGCUGGUUAUUAUUGUCCAGCUAAUAUCUCUGAUUAUUCACCAUACUCUUGUCCUCAGGGACAUUUUUGUCCAAAUGGAACAAAGUACGCCAAACAAUUUCCUUGCCCAAGUGGAACCUUUCGUAACCAGACCAAUGGACACAACGUUUCAGACUGUUUUGUUUGCCCACCAGGAAAAUAUUGUGCAGGAAAUGGACUUGUUAACCCUGUUGGAAAAUGUGCUCCUGGAUACUUCUGUGUGCAGGGGUCAAAAAGCCGAACACCUCUUGAAUAUAAUAAUUUUACUUCUGGUGAUUGCUUGUGUCCAAGUAUAAUGACUGGUGGAGAAUGUCAACCUGGGUUCUAUUGCCCAGAAGGUUCCUAUGAACCAUUGCCAUGUAAAAAAGGGUAUUAUUGUGCUGGGAAGCGCAAUGCAAAUACUACAGGUCCAUGUGCUGCUGGAUUUUACUGCUUGAAUGGGUCAUCAACACCUACUCCGACUAAUAAUAUUGUUGGAAAUUUAUGUCCGGAAGGUAGCUAUUGUCCAGAAGGUACACACAGCCCAAUUCCAUGUCCUUCAGGCAGAUAUUCCAAUAGAACUGGAAAUCAACAAGAAUCUAACUGCUCCUUGUGUGAACCAGGAAAAUAUUGUCAAAAUGAUGGUAAUAUAGAACCCACAGGACCUUGUGAUCCUGGUUUUUAUUGUCCACCUGGUCAGAGUCAGAAAGACCCACCAUCUUUUACAUGUCAGCAAGGUCAUUAUUGUCCAGAAGGUUCACCAGACCAAGUUAAGUGUGAAUCUGGAACCUGGACAGAUUUGACAAAACAGUGGAAAUGUAAACAGUGUGUUGAAGGAUAUUACUGUGAUCGAAAAAAUGCACCCAUAUCUGAUUAUACUUCAUAUGAGUGUCCUGUUGGUUUUUAUUGUCCAAAUGGUACAAAGUUUGCUACUGAAUUCGGUUGUCCAAAUGGUACAUAUGGCAACAACAUAAAAUUAACAAAUGCGAGUGAAUGUUUGCAAUGCCCUGCUGGAAGAUAUUGUCAUGGAUCUCUAGAUACUUGGACUGGUAAUUGUAGUGCAGGUUACCACUGCAUUAGUGGCUCCUGGACACCAACACCUACAGAUGGGAUUUCUGGUCGUGUCUGUCCUGAAGGAACAUAUUGUCCAGAAGGUAUCCCUACACCAGUUAAAUGUCCAGCAGGAACGUUUAACAAUUUUACUGGUUUAAAAACGGAAAAAGAGUGUACGAACUGUGCACCAGGAAUGUACUGUUUAAAUGAUGGUCUUGUUUAUCCUACUGGUUUGUGUGAUGAAAGAUACUUUUGUGCACUUGGAGCAAUUUAUGCAAAGCCAUUGGACACAUCAACUGGUGGCAAUUGUUCCGCGGGUCAUUACUGUCCUAAAGGAACAAAACUUCCUUUGCCUUGUCAGGAUGGUUCAUACAUGCCUGAUAUAUUAGCUAAAGUAUGCUUGACUUGUCCGGCUGGUUCAUAUUGCGUUGGUGAUCACAUAACAUUAAGGGACUGCCCACCUGGUUUCUAUUGUCCUAUUGGAACAGGUUAUGACUGGAAACCAUGUCCACCAGGGACUUUUAGUAAAAACUAUGGACUUUACAAUGUGUCUUCCUGUCAGCCUUGUACACCUGGGAUGUACUGUCCAUACUACAAUGCAACUUCACCUGAAGCUACCUGUGACGAGGGUUACUACUGUGAAUUAGGAUCAAAUACAGCCAGACCUGAGACGAAUCAUACAGGUAUAGGUGGACCAUGUACACUCGGUAACUAUUGUCCAAGGAAUACAUCGGUGCCACAGCCAUGUCCACUAGGACGAUUUAGUAACAGGACUCAUUUGGCGAAAGCUACUGAUUGUCAACUCUGUAAACCUGGUUCCUUUUGUGGAAGUCAGGGCCUGAUGAAUGCUUCUGGUCCUUGUGAUGCUGGUUUCUAUUGUUUAUUUGGAUCGGAGGUUUCCAACCCACCAACAGUGACAUCGUCUGGAGGUCCAUGUCCUGCUGGUCAUUAUUGUCCAGAGGGCACAUCAUACCCUUUGGCUUGUGAGAAAGGAACUUUCAACAGUAGAACAGGUCAGAGUGAAUGCGAUAAGUGUUGUGCUGGAUAUUACUGCCCUGAGAACACUACAACUUGCACUAAUGUAUGCCCAGUGGGACACAUUUGUCCAAAUGGAACAUCACAUCCAUAUGCAUAUCCGUGCCCACCUGGCACAUACAACAAUAGAACUGGAAAGUCUGAAGAACGUGACUGCUUACCUUGUGAUCCUGGAAAAUACUGUCCAAGCUCAGGAGCUGAUAAGCCUUUUGAUGAUUGUGACCCAGGAUGGUAUUGCCGCAGAGGAGCUUGGUCGGCUAAACCAACUGAUUUGGGGAAUUCAACUAGUGAUACUUGUUUUUGUUCAAAUAUUUCGACAGGAGGCCAAUGUCAGAGGGGUCAAUUUUGUCCCAAAGGAUCAAGUGAACCUAAGUCCUGUACACCAGGGUUUUACUGUGCAACUCCGGGUCUAUCAAAUGUUACUGGUCCAUGUGAAGCAGGGUCAUAUUGUAGAAUCAAUGCAGAAACGAAAUCACCAAGAGAUAAUAUUACUGGUAAUAUUUGUCCCGCUGGGAGUUAUUGUCCAGAGGCUACCUCUGUACCACAGCUUUGCGCUCCUGGGACAUACUCAUCUGCUAUAGGAAAUAAAGGCCCAGUUGAUUGUUCAGAUUGUGAGGCUGGCCAUUUUUGUAGUGGGUGGGGAAUGACAAACUCAAGUGGAAACUGCAGUGCUGGGUACUUCUGCCCACCUGGUCAAAAUACAAGUACACCAGAGGAAUUUAGAUGCACUCCUGGACAUUACUGUCCAGAAGGUAGCAUAAAGGAAUUACCAUGCCCUGCUGGAUCAUAUCAAGACAAAUUCUAUAGAUCUAAUUGUAAAGUUUGUCCUGAAAGAUACUUUUGUAAUGGUCUCAUUCUGAAUGACACUCACUGUACUCAUGGCAUGCAAUUUCCAACACCAUGUCCGCAAGGUUAUUACUGUCCGCAGGGAAUGAAAACAGGAAGAGAAUAUCCUUGCUCAAAUGGUACUUAUGGUGCAAGUGACAAACUUUCAACACAGGAAGAAUGUACUGCUUGUCCUAGUGGAAGGUAUUGUGAGGGGAGUGGACUCAGCACGUGGACAGGAAACUGCGAGGCUGGAUAUUAUUGCAUUAGUGGUGCUAUGAUUAAAGCACCUAAUGAUGGCGUUACUGGAUACAUAUGUCCACAAGGACAAUAUUGCCCAUCUGGAACAAAUUCAACUAUACCAUGUCCUUCAGGUACAUUUAAUCCUUCUAGUGGAAUCGGCCAUGCUCAUCAGUGUUUGGGUUGUACACCUGGACAAUUUUGCAGUGGUGUUGGGUUGAACGCAACUUCUGGUAAUUGCAGUGCAGGGUAUUACUGUAGCGCAAAUUCAUCAACACCCUCUCCGAAUGAUGUUACAGGAACUGUAUGUCCAAAAGGUGCAUAUUGUCCAAUUGGCACCGGUGUGCCAAUUCCCUGUCCACCAGGCACCUUUACGAACCAAUCCCAACGAAGUAUUUGUGUCGAUUGUCCAGAAAGAUAUUUCUGUGUUAACAAAAUAACGCCAGAGCCAUGUUCACCGGGUUUCUUUUGCCCUCGUAAAACUGGAAGGAAUUUACAACCAUGCCCAACAGGUACCUUCAACCCAUCUCGCUUCUUGUCAUCAGCUGUUGAAUGUUUAAGUUGUACAGCCGGUCAGUUCUGUGAUAUUUUAAAUGCUACUUCUACAUCUGGACCAUGCAGCGCAGGAUUCUAUUGCUUAAAUGGUUCUGAUACUGCCACACCUUCUGUUGGUCAUAAAGGUACAGCUGGUAUUUGUCCAGAAGGUUCGUAUUGUCCACAGGGUAAUUCUUCAUCACCCAUUGCAUGCCCUGCAGGAACAUUUAAUAACAAAACUCAUGGCGAGAGCCUCUCAGAUUGUAUACCAUGUAAAGAUGGAUUUUACUGUGAAUCAGAUGGUCUAUCUUCUCCAACCGAAAAAUGUUAUGCUGGCUACUUCUGUAGAAAAGGUGCCAAAGUGCCAAACCCUUCAACAACAACACCGGAUUACGGUCCAUGUCCUAUAGGACAUUACUGUUCAAAUGGGACAUCAACACCUUAUAAAUGCCCACCUGGUACAUAUAAUGGCAUAACAAAACAAUCAAAGUGUCUGCCAUGUUUGUCCGGUCAUUUCUGUGAAGAAGGAGCAAACAAUGUUACUGAAUGUCCAACCGGAUAUUAUUGUCCAAAUGGAUCAAAGCUGGCUUGUCCUGAGGGAACUUUCAAGAACUUUACAACAGGCUCAUCUCUAUCAAGUUGCAAAACAUGCCCACCAGGCUCAUUUUGUAGAGGAGUUGCAAAUACGAACCCAACUAGUUUAUGUGCUGGUGGUUGGUACUGCAGCGGUGGGUCAUGGACAGACAAACCAGUUGGAAAUGAAAUUUAUAACAACACUUGGGUUUGUCCAUUGUAUAAUAUUGGCGGCAUGUGUACUUUUGGAACAUUUUGCCCUCCUGGCUCUGAAAGAUCUCGUCCUUGUACACCUGGUUUUUAUUGUAAUGGAAAUCAUCUAUCGAAAGAGUCUGGAACUUGUGGAGCAGGACAUUACUGUAAUGGCAGUACAAUAGAAGAAAAACCUGUAAAUAAAACGUAUGGUGAUAUCUGUCCCCCAGGACAUUUUUGUGAGGUUGGAAGCAAAACACCAAAAGCUUGUGAAGCUGGAUAUUUUGCACGUGGGUUUGGUAACAAUUACAGAAAUGCUUGUAUACCAUGUCUUGCAGGAAUGUACUGUGAUAGAUCUGGAUUACCUGAACCACGUGGAAACUGCACUGUAGGCUUUUAUUGUCCUACUGGGGAAAUAUAUCCUGAACCAGCAGAUAAAAGAUGUCAACCAGGCCACUAUUGUCCCACUGGAAGUCAUUUACAUAGUAUUUGCCCCCCAGGUACCUACCAACCACUUGCAGAAAAAGGUUUCUGUAUAGAAUGUCCUGACGGAUAUUACUGUGAUCCUAUUGAAGCCCACAAGCUUAACGCCAGCGGUGUUAACAGUACUACUCAUGGUGUUGUCAAUCCAUUUGUUUGUCCUAAAGGAUACUACUGUCCAAAUGGAACCACAACCUACACUUCAUAUCCAUGUCAAAAAGGUUACUUUGGUAAUGAAACAAAAAGAUCAAGUCACAAUCAAUGUCAUCCAUGCACACCAGGAUAUUAUUGCGAUCGUGAAGCCAUGACUUAUCCUGAAAAUAAAUGUCAUGUAGGAUAUUACUGUGAAGACAGAGCUAUAACACCAAAUCCACAUAAUGAGUCAGAAGGUGGAGGACCUUGUCCGCAAGGAUAUUAUUGUGAAUCUGGGUAUUCCCAAGCUCUUCCCUGUCCACCUGGUACUUAUGGCAAUAGAGCUAAGCUGGGACACUUGAAUGAAUGCACAGAUUGUGAAGGAGGGAGUUUCUGUGCAACAUAUGGUUUACCAGCUCCUAAUGGAACAUGUUUACCAGGUUAUUUUUGUAAAGGACGCGCUGUCUUACCUAACCCUACUGCAGAGUCUUAUGGCAAUGAAUGUCCAAUGGGAUAUUAUUGUCCGUCUGGCACCACAUCUCCGUUUCCAUGUCCGCCAGGAACUUAUAACAACCAAACAAAAGCAACUACACCACGAGACUGCCUUCCAUGUCCUGGAGGUUAUUAUUGUGCAGGUUAUGCAAACAAAAUACCUGAUGAUUUCUGUGACCAAGGUUACUUUUGCAAAAGUGGAGCUUACACUCCCCGGCCUGUUAAUUAUACAAACAUAGCUCACAAUAGUUCAGAUAUUUACACGUGCCCAAUCUAUUCAGUUAAUCAAACCGGAAGCAUAUGUCCUCAAGGAUCAUAUUGCCCUAGAGGUUCUUCUCAACCAAUGAUGUGUGACCGAGGAAAACAUUGUGAUACUGAAGGGUUACAUUCACCAGUUGGCAAUUGUACUGCAGGUUAUUAUUGUGACUGGGGUUCAACAUCAAGUACCCCUAGGCAGUGUAGAAGAGGGCAUUAUUGUGAAGAAGGAACUCCCGUUGAAAAACAAUGUCCUGUAGGAACAUUUAACCCUGAUUUAAGAAAGUAUCAUCAAGACCAUUGUAGUAACUGUUCAGCUGGAUUUUAUUGUCCUUUCCCUGGCAUGACAGAAUCCAUAUUUCUGUGUCUUCAAGGUUUUUAUUGUCCAUCAGGAUCAUCAAGAAAUAAUACAGUGGAAUGUCCCAAAGGAUUUUAUUGUCCUACAGGAACUGGCUCCCCAUUACCGUGCCCGGCAGGUGAAUACCAAGACAGCAGUGGAAUGUAUGUCUGUAAAUUAUGUCCACGUGGAUUUGCUUGUGAUCCUACUCUAUUACCACCUGGUCAAGGUGUCAUUCAACCACGCAACUGUACACCUGGUUAUUACUGUCCUUCCAAUACAUCUUCGAUUCGUCAAUAUCCUUGCUUACCUGGAACAUACAGUGAUCUAGUUGGUUUGGAAUCUCAUAAGGAUUGUUCACCUUGUGAUCCUGGUUUUUACUGUGGUGGUCAUGGCAAUACAACUGUUUCAGGACCAUGUUCACCUGGUUACUUCUGUAAAUCUGGUGCAUCUACGCCCACACCAACUGAUGUUGUAUCAGGUGAUAUAUGUCCAGAAGGGAAAUAUUGUCAGGAACAAUCAUCAUCAGGAACAGAAUGUCCAAAAGGAACAUAUAGUAAUUCAACAGGUCUUCAUAAUGCAUCCAGCUGUGCACCUUGUUCAGCUGGUUGGUAUUGUCCUACAUCAGGUGCAACAAAACCUUUCAAAGAAUGCGAGUCUGGUUAUUGGUGUAUAAGUGGAUCUAUUGAAUCAACACCAGAUGGAAAGUCUUAUGGCAUGAAAUGUCCAAAUGGAAGCUAUUGCUUAAAAGGAACGCCUUCCCCUAAGAAAUGUCCUGAAGGAACUUUUCAACCAUUUGAGCAGAAAUCACAAUUUGAAGACUGUUUAGCAUGUCUUCCUGGAACAUACUGCGAUUCACCAGGUUUAACCAACGUGAGUGGUUUGUGUCAGCGUGGAUAUUACUGUCUGGGCGGUGCUAAAGUUAUGAACCCUAGUGACAAUACCACUGGUGAUAUAUGUCCUGUAGGUACAUUCUGCCCACCAGGCUCAACAAAACCACAACCUUGUCGAAAUGGAACAUACAUGAACAAUACAGGUGCUUGGGAAUGCCUAAUCUGUCCACCAGGCUAUAUGUGUACAAGACAAGUAGCAGCAGAUUUAUGUCAACAAGGUUACUUCUGUCCUGGUAAUACUGGUUUUGAUAUCCAACCGUGUCCAUCAGGAACAUAUGGAGCCAGGCUUGGUUUGAAAUAUAUCUCAGAAUGCACAAACUGUACAGCAGGCUCUUACUGUGAGGGAAGCGGGUUGUCAAAACCAACUGGUGUUUGUGAUCCAGGGUAUUGGUGCCAAAUAGGUGUAGACACAAAAGCCCCAACUGGAAGUCAUGAAGGGAUUGGUGGCAUAUGUCCAAAAGGACAUGAAUGUCCAGCAAAUACAUCCACUCCGGCGCCAUGUCAUGCUGGUUAUUACUCCAACGCCGAUAAAGUUCAGAAAUGCUUUCUUUGCUUAGGUGGUAAAUUUUGCAAUGGUACAACUGUCCACCCAUAUGAUUGUCCACCGGGCCACUAUUGUUUAAAUGGGACAAGAACUUCCACCCAGUAUGCCUGUCCACCAGGCAGUUUUAACAACAAAACAGGCCAAUCAAGUGUACAUGCUUGUACUUUGUGUCCACCUGGUUUCUAUUGUGAAGGAUAUGGACGAGUAACACCAAAUGGUGAAUGUGAUGCUGGUUUCUUUUGUCGUAUGGGAGCACGUUCGUCAAGACCAGGUGUAUAUGGUAGCAUUGAUCCAACAAAUGCAACUUCAGUUAAUUCAACAUGUUACAAGCCGUAUGGUUGUGUCUGCCCAUCAGUUAACGAUACUAGAGGUGAUAUAUGUCCAGCAGGCCAUUACUGUCCCAAAGGAAGUGCAAAACCAACAGAAUGUCCAGCAGGUAAAUAUUGUCAACAUGCUGGUUUGGAUUCUCCAUCUGCCAACUGCAGUGCUGGAUAUUACUGUACUGGAAAGUCAACAACUCCAAGACAAGUCGAUUGUCCAACAGGACACUAUUGUCCUUCAGGAGUUCCUGCUCCUCGGUCUUGUUCAGCUGGGAAAUUCUCCAAUAGUACUAAUAAUGAGAAGGAAAGUGACUGUAUGAAUUGUACAGCUGGUUGGUAUUGUGAAACAAAAGGUUUAUCAAGAGAAACUGGUCAAUGUGCUGAAAAAUAUUACUGCCCUGGUGGUCAAUCUUCUGCAACACCAUCCACCUUUUCUUGCUUGCCAGGUCACUACUGUCUAACUGGCUCACCAUAUCCUAUCCCAUGUGGUAAUGGUACGUACCAAAAUGUUUCCACACAAGAUUUGUGUAUAGAAUGUCCACCUGGAUUUUACUGCGAUCCAUCAGAAGGGCCUGUAGUUACACCUAAACACUGUCCCACUGGUCAUUACUGCCCAGCUGGAACAUCAUACAAGAAAUCGUAUCCCUGCAAAGCUGGAACGUUCGGUCCUGAUGCUGGCUUUGCAAGCAUAGAUCAAUGCCUGGAUUGUGUUAAUGGAACGUAUUGUGAAACAGACGGAUUAUCUGCACCUACUGGAAAAUGUUAUGCCGGUUACUAUUGUGUAAAAGCUGCCAAAUCACCAACUCCUAUCAAGUACAUUAACGCUACAUCGUGGUCAUUCGAUUUCUUUAAUGAUUUGUGUCCAAAAGGGUAUUAUUGUCCAAAUGGUACAGCUAUACCUGAACCCUGUCCUCGCGGUUAUUACUCAGGAGUAUCAGGAUUGCGAAAGCGGGAGAACUGUCAGGAUUGUCCUCCAGGGAGGUAUUGCAAUGUUAUUGGAGCUAAAGAAUUGAAGAAUCCACCUUCUUGUUCCGCCGGCUAUGUGUGCGUAAAAGCAGCUUAUACCCCAACUCCAACAGAUGGUAUAACCGGAUAUAAGUGUCCGAGAGGUUACUUUUGCCCAGUGGGAAGUCAAAUCGAACAAAGUUGUACACCAGGUACAUAUCAGGCUAAUGAAGCGCAGGAGAGCUGUACCACCUGUGAUGCUGGCCACACGUGUCCAGAAUACAAUAUGACAACGCCACUGUCUUGUAAGCAUGGAUACUACUGUCCAGGUGGCCUGGCUCAGAGAUGCCCACCAGGGACUUAUAAUAACCGUUCUGGUAUGAGCUUUCCCAAUUCUUGUGUAGAUUGUACACCAGGUAUGUUUUGUCCUGGUUAUGGAAACAUUAAUCCACAAGGAUAUUGUAAAGAAGGUUUUUAUUGCCAAGGAGGUGCAUCGUCUAUCACCCCCAAUGGUAGCCAUCCGCUUUAUCCUUUAAAUGGACUCUGUCCAGCUGGUCAUUAUUGUCCAAUGGGUACACCGUCACCUAUCAAAUGCCCAAGAGGAAAAUUUAGAAAUAAAACAGGCGCCAGAACAGAUAUUGAAUGCUAUCCUUGUACACCUGGCAGUUAUUGUUAUGUGGCUGGGUUAACUGCUCCCACGGGUCCAUGUGCAGAAGGAUGGUAUUGUCCAGCUGGCCACCUGAAUACGGUAUCAACUCCUCAAAAUUUUACAUGUUGGGUAGGCCAUUACUGUCCACUUGGAACUGCAUUACCUUUGGAAUGUGAAGGAGGUACAUAUCAGCAAAAUCGUAUGCAAGGGUCUUGUGAUGAUUGUCCGGCUGGUUAUUAUUGUGAAAAUAAAGUGUAUAAACCUGUUAAGUGUCCACCGAAAUAUUACUGUCCAGUGAAAACCGAAAUCCCGAAUCUGUGUCCCAAUGGAACAUAUACAAAUGAUAAUGAUACAGGGUUGGAAUCUUCUAUGCAAUGUCGGCCGUGUCCAGCAGGUUCUUACUGCACAACAGGUACUAUUGUCGGCGAGUGUUCAGCAGGAUAUUGGUGUCAAGCUGGUAGCCCGUCUCCAACACCAAGUAGUAUUAAUACAACCGUAAGCAAGGUUGGUCCAUGUCCACCAGGCUAUUUCUGUCCCCACCAUACAAUUGAACCAACAGCCUGUCCAAAUGCCACGUUCAAAGCAUUAUAUGGUGGUAAAGGUGAUAUUACUGAUUGCUUGCCAUGCCCAGCUGGUCAGGAGUGUUUUGCAGGAGACCCGCGUGUACAUCCGUGUCCACCGGGUAAGUACUGCCCUGAAGGAUCACCGCCUAUUGACUGUCCUGCAUUAACCUAUCGAGACGAAGGAUGGGGAAAAAGUCUAUCCGACUGUUUUCCGUGCCCAGCUGGAUAUUGGUGUAAUGAAACAGGCCUGCCGAAUUUUACAGCUAGUGCAUGUCCUAUCGGUCAUUAUUGUCCAGAAGGACAGAUUCCAGUAUGGUGUCCUGCGGGUAGGCGAAGGAUUACGCCAGGUGCUAGAGAUGCGGAUCAAUGUUCUCCUUGUCCUGGCGGUUUUUACUGUCCGUUUGCUUCUACCAACUAUAGUGGAAUUCCAUGUGCGCCGAGAACAUUUUGUCGUAAUAACUUAACUGAUGGUGCCUCAUUAGAAACAAUGUGUCCAGGAGGUUACUGGUGUCCUGCCCAAACGGCUGAACCUAGGCUAUGUCCAGGCGGCUACUUCUGUCCAAACGGGACUAACUUCCCUACACGUUGUGAGUAUCCUGUGUACUGCCCACCUGGUAGUUCACACGAACUUAAGUGUCCAUUGGGGUACAAAGCUAUUACCAAUGCUGGUAACAGAACAUCCUUGGAAAACAACUGCUUAAUCUGCCCACCUGGUUUUUAUGGGAAUGAUGUGGACCGAAUAAACUGUACUAUUUGUCCAGCCGGUUAUUACUGUCCACUUGGAACAAAAGAUCCGUACGAACAUUCAUGUCCCGAAGGUUAUUAUUGUCCCGAAGGAUCACCUAAGCCUGUACCUUGUCAACCGGGCAUGUAUGGAAAUUUGACAAAAGCUACUAAGGGAAGCGACUGUUUACCAUGUCCUAAAAACACGUUCAAUAAUGAGAAAGGGAAGCGAGCGUGUCGUCCUUGCGGGAGCAGUGCACUAGCAGAACCUGGUCAGUUGAAGUGCACUUGUAUUGGAUUGCACCGAUCGUUUCAAGUUUCUGAUGGUUCAUGCGUGUGUGAGGGUGGAUUCAUUUAUUAUGAUGUCGUUGAUGUUGAACAAACCGAAGGAAAUAGUGAUAAGCCAUGCCAACCCAAGGUUGCUGACAGAUGUCCAGGUGGUUUUGCUCGUGAGGCAAGAACCAUGAAAUGCAUUGGAACCAAAAACCUUCCUUCAGAUUACUGCGUGACAGAAUGUGGACCUGACGGUGGCUCGUUCAACACAACACGAGGGGGCUGUAGCUGCAACAAAUACAUUGUGUUGAGAGAAAUAUGCAAUCAGACUUGUCUACUCCAAGCUCCUACCUUUGAGAUCAAGCGAGAAGAAACAGGCGUUCUGUAUGCUAUUGUGACUGAUAAACGAGGCGGUGUGGCUAAAACGCCAAUAAGCAAUGAGUAUGGAUUAAACGAUUUCGAUUACACGACAAGGAAGUGUGAGAUUGUUCAGUAUAGUGCAGCAGGCCCUUAUGGAUUAGUUCCCGCUAAUGUAAAUGAAGCUUUAAGUGCUGUAAGAGGAGACGGAGGAGUGACAAACUCGACAAGUCGUCGAAGACGAAGACGAGCUGUAUCAACAGGAGCAAAUAUUGUUGAACCAAACGGCAUCAGGUCGCCGGUUAUUUGCGUCAAUGUCGGCCAAGUUGUUAUCUUUUCGAUAAAUUUAAACACAGAUAAUAGAUCGGCGAGUAACUAUCCACGAUACACCAAGAAUCAUUUGUUUAACACAAAUCCUUACUUUGAUUAUGGUCAGUUCAGACAGUUACACGUUUUAAUACAAAGCACAAACCUCACUAUCACCACUUUUGUAAACGUGUUUUCGGAACCUGGUAUAUUUGUCUUCCACGACAAUGCUGAAGAGAGACGACAAACCAUAGUGGUUGUGCCCAAAUUAGGUUCGUCAUGUGCUGAUCGCAUGGAUGCACAAACGCCGAAUGUUCUCACCAAAUUCGGGAUUGGGCCUAGUCAGGUAAGCAACGUAUCUCCUAAUUGGGAUGUUAUAUGGGCGUUGAUAGGACUCAUGAUCAUAUGCAUUAUUAUUCUCGUAAUCUUGGCCAUCUUAUGGAGACCGAGAGCUAUGGGAAUAUACCCCAUCAGCAUGUUGCGACCGAAAUACAAGAGUCUUGGUGCACCCAUCCCAGUAGUGCCUAUACCUGGUGUCGAUGACCAUCCUAAUGGUCUGGGACCAAGAGGUGAACCAGAAGGAAGUGCAUUCGAAGCGUACUCAUAUAGUGGACAUGCCAACGACUUGUUGGAAAACUUUAACGUGAGAACCCUGUAUGAUAAACUUGAGGAUCAAACACUGCACAUAUCUUCUCAACUUGCUCGCCACCAGUCAGACUUGAGAGGUUUCUAUGAUCGAAUAACACAACAAACAGAAGGACUAAAGAACAUGCUGGAUAACUUGGAUGUAACUAAGCUUGCUCAAGCUACUGAAAGAGCUGCCGCUAUACAGGCGAACAUUGACAACAAUAACGAAAGUGAGAAAGAGGUUCAUCAGAAAACUGGCGUGAAAGAAACAGCCAUGCAAUACGCCUUAACUGGUGGAUCAGCCGCACGUGAAGCUGAGUUACAAUACACACUGCAAGCACUUCUAAGCAGGUAUGACGGUUCAUUGCAACCAGUCCCUGCAACGAUGUUACCUGGUGCGACAGCAGCAGCAUCUCAAUCAGAUACAAACGGUUUGCCAGCAGCUGUGGGCUUUAUGUAUGGGCAAGCAGGAGAUAUACCGCUUUCCCAGGCAGAACAGAAUCAAAUGGCUUUCAGUUUAGGUUCUGGUUUGGGUAAUGUCGUACAAUUCAAAGCUGGUGAUUUUGGUAGUUUACUGCAAACAAUGAAUGCAGAACGCAUGCAGUUGGAAGGAGAAUUGAGAGAAGAAGAAGAUAGAGCCAUGAGAGAAUUUUCAGAUAAAAAGGAAUCAGAAAGACAGGCAGCAAUCAAAAGAGCAGCAGAAGAAUUAGCAGAAGAACUGUCUGGUGCUGUGACACCCGAAGAGAUUGAUGCCAUCAUGAAACGCAGCAACGAAGCAAUUGCUCAACUCGAGGAUCGGUUGUUGAGAAAUAAAGAAAGACAGCAAGCGGAGUUAAUGAAAAAACUUGCUGAAAAGAGACAGAAAAAAACAGAUGCUUUACGGUGGCAGCAUGAACAAUUGGCAUUGGAAAACAACUUAAAACUAGCUGAAUGCAACGCGACACCCAAUCUUUCCGCAGAGUUAGAUGCACAACAAAGUGCAUUAGAUCUUGCAUUGCUCGAGCAAAGCAAGGCGCAAGCUGACGGAGAAGCUCAACUUGCUGAGAGAGAUUCUAAGGAAUACACUUCUCACAUGAGUGAUAGUUUUACCAAGCAAGUGGAUAUGCUGAUUGAGAAUGGUUCUCUUUUUGCUGACCAAGCUCAAGAUCUCAUGAACAAAGAACUGGAGAUGAAUGAAAAAAUGGAGCGUGAUAUGGAGGCGAAGAAAGCUGCUCAACUAGCUGCAUUCCAUGACAAACUUGCCAAACGGAAAGAGGAGCGAAUAAAGAAGUUAAAGGAACAGGAGGAGAUAGAAAAGGCGCAGGCGAUUAGAGAAGGUAAGAGUCUAAAAGAACUCGAAAUAAAACACGAACGUGAACAAGCAGUUCUAGAAAGCAUGUUUGAAGCUGAAGAAGCUCAACAAAGUGCUGAGAUCAUUAAAAAAAUCAACGAAGAGCACAAAGAUGCAGUGCGCGAAGCACAUCGAGACUUGUUUGAUCAGAUGGCAGGGCAGCACAAAAUUGAUGCGUCGUUAGCACAAGAAAUUAUUGACCAGCUAAGAAAAGAUAACGAUUUAGCUAUGGAUAGUUUGGAGAGGAAACGAUUAAAAAGCUUGCAAGAGCUACAGGCAAAAUUAGAAGCACGUAAGAAUCGCCGUCAAAAUGAUGUGAAACGUCAAGGACAGGAGGAAGCUUCUCAGCGAAUUUUAGAAGAACAAAGUAAGUUAGCUUUACAAAGUAAACCAACUGGUGUUGAUCAUAUUGUCAUACCCAAUGUCGUCGCUGGACAGUCGGCUGAAGAACAAGCCUUAAAAAACGAACAACAAAGAGCAUUGGAAGAAUUAAAAGAACGACAGCAAAUAGAUGAAGACAAACUUGAUGAUUUGCUCAACAAACAAGAAAAAGAAGAAGAAGAGAAAGCUAUGGCAGAUUUCGAAGCUUAUCGUCAACGCGCUUUGCGUGAGGUGAAGAAUCGUCAAGCUGCUGAAUUGUCGGCGCGAAGUGAUUUGUCUUCGGAUGAAAUGCAGCAGCUACUCGCUGCUCACCAAACUCAAAUUGAACAUUUGAUGGAAUCUCAAGAUGUGGAGAAAACGAAACAGCAGGAGAAAUUAAAGCGAAAGCUAGCCGAACGACGCAAAGCCAGAGAAGAAGCAUUCAAAAAGAAAAAGGAUACGGAGUUUAAUAAAGAAUUGUUGGAGCAGAAGAAAGAAUUAGCGGAAGCAGAAAGAAAUGCGCUUAAAGAAGCAGAAAAAGAAGCCAUGUUGAAGGCUAUUCGUGAGAACGGUUCAGAAGCAACUGAAUAUAUCAUUAAGAAGAUUCUCGAACAGCGUCAAGCGAAAGAAGUUUCUGAUUUGGAGAAAUUAUUUGCUGAAGAACGCAAGGUUGAAAUUGAUGAUGUGUUGGUGAAACUGGAUGAUAAACACGUGAUUGAGAAAGAUGAGUUGAAAGCAAAACAUGAAAAACAGUAUAGAGUUCUGGAGAAAGAAGAGCUAAGUCAGGAGGAGCUCCAGCAACGGCGCUCUCAGUUGUUCAACCAACAGCAAUUGGAGAUGAGUAGUCUUGAGAAGAAACAAGCAGACGAAAGAAAAUCUACACAAAAGAAAGCUUCAUCUGAUUGGGAGCUUAAAUACGCCAAAGCUAAGCUAGAACUCAAAGAAAAACAUUACAAGGAGUAUGCGGACUACUUGAGUGAGAUGUCACCAGAUCAAUCAUCAGAUCAUCAAUCAUCCAUCAGACAAGCACAAGAAGCUGCGCGUGAGUUGCAAGAAGUACGACAAAAACUAGACGAACAAAAGAAAGAACAAGAAGAGAAAUUAAAACGCGAAAUGGAAGACUUUGAAGCUGCAGAGAAAGAGCGUAUGCGGUUGGAGUUAGCUGAACAUGAAAGUCAAUUGGAGAAGGACGCUGAGGAGGAAAGAAAGAAAAACGAGAAAUCCAUCCUGGCUUUAAACGCGCGUAAAGAAGCUUUGCUAAAGGAAAAGAAAGCUAAGGCGAAGCAGGAGAUUGCAAAGUUAGUUGGGCAAGGUGCUUCUAAAGACGAACAAGAAGCUCUGUUGAAAGAGCACAGCAAAGACCUUGCUAAGUUGAUGAAUAAAAUGGAUGCUGAUCGGAUACGCAUGCAGAGCCAGCUGGAGAGCAAGUUAAAGAAGAAGCGCGAUGAGAGAAAAAAGUUAAAGAUGAAGGAGGUCGAACAGAAAGCAGAAGAAGCAAAAGAAGAAUUUUACGAACAACUUGAAAGUGAAGAAAACAAGCUGAAGAAUAAUUCUACUAUGAUCUUGAAAGAAACGAUCAACAUUGAUAACCUAGUACAGGCAUCCGUUCCAGAGCCAGAAGCUCUUUUAGCGAAAACGGAAGCCAUACCGGAACAGAUGCCAACAUCGUAUCAACUAGCUGCACCGAUGAGUGACAGUGAGUUGAAUAAUCUUCUUAUGCAAUCACCACUCUAUCACAAGUUACAAUCGAUCCGAGACACGAUGAGUGGUGACGCGCCCCCGCUACAGAAAGACAAGACGAAAGAAGAAGCUUCUUACAUUGACGAGCGAGAUGACACGCUUUUUAGCAGUGAUGACAGUCUAGUACCUGUUGAUCUUGACUCUGUCAAUGCACGAGAAUUUGUCAUCUACAAAUUUUCAACCUUCAUAAGAGAUUUACUUGGAGUGCAUUGUCUUCACAAUCCAGUAAAUAUCCUCCUCGCUGAUAAACUUCCACCCAACAGCAAUUUACAACAAAAUGCCUAUCGCAACUCUUUCUACUACGAUCCAAAUAACAGACUGUUAUAUCUGCGACGUGAUCGACUUGAAAACGUUGGCGAGUUUAUCCUCGUUUUGGUUCACACGUUAUCACACGUACACGUUGGUGACAUGCGCAACGAUGCUGAUCCGAAGUUCGUGAAGGAGUUUUACAAAGCCCUCAGUGUUGUGUGCUCUGAUUUGUUUUUGUCGCGUUAUAAGAAAUCGAAUGCUUUGAACGAGGCAGUAAAUAACAUCCCAAGAGAAUCCGGCCUAAAUCACAAUAAAGACGCUGGAAAGAAACUUCUAGAAGCAGUGUUUGGAGAUGCACACGAUGAAAUCGACCGUGCGAAUGUUGUUGACGAUUUGCUUGACACAAAACUUAUUCGAAAUGCUCACAGCGAAAAUUUUGACCGGGAAGUCAUGUUCCAACGCUUGCGCAAAUACACAGAUUUCAUUGUGAGCAGCAAGCUAAAAAAUUUCCUAGGUGAUGUCGAGGAGAAAUUAUCGAACGCUACAUUGCAAGGUAGUGAAACGGAAAUAGAUCACAGACUAAAAGAUCUCCAAGUUGAUGUACAAGAUGCUCGUCCCGUCUCACGAUACGUACCAAGCAAAAAUCGCAACGCGUCUAGAGAUGUCUCUAGACAAAACGCGCGUAAUAUCGCGUUAGCUCGAUCACCUUUGCCUCUGUCUUUCAUACCGCCAAGUCCUUCGCCAUCUCGAUCUAGCGAGCGGCAUGGUAAAACGGAAGAUGAUUUCUACAAAACCUUUCUAAAAGCUCAAAUCGACGAACUACAAGAUAAAAUUGACGACAUUGAUGGCGAAUUUACAAGUUUAACUCGUCAGGCGUUUGAACUUUCAACACAGGUGACAAACUUUGAAAGUGAAAUCGUCGGUCAAGUUGAGGCUGUUAGAAAUGCUCCUCCGCAUAGCUUAGAAUUCGAAAAUCUUUCAGAGGUUGUUCGGAUGUCUAAUAUAAAACUAAGCGCUGCGCGAUCGCAGCUAACGCAAGCGUUAAUCGCAAAAUCAGAACGCCUGAAACGAUUGGAGGCGUAUAAAAAGGAGUUGGACGAAAGAAUGUUUUUGCUACAACAACAUGAAAGUAAACCGGUCGUUGAAAAGUCGAAAAAAGGUGCCAGAAAGUUAAAAUCAUCACUCGAGAAGGCACAAAAAUAAAAAAUUGAUAAGUAACUUAACGCGAUCCUGUACGAUACGAUACGAUACGCAACGUAAGCCUGAGCGCUUUACCGCUGGCGGAGAACAGCGCAAGUGACAGGAUUUAAAUUUUAACAUUUCUGAUAUAUUUUGUAGAUUUAUCUGCUAAGUUAUUUCGAUGUAAAAAAGUUUGUAAGAAUUUAAUAAUAUAAAUAAAUGUAAUAUAUAAAGGUAUGCAUUGUGGAAACAGCUUUCAAAUUAAAGAAAAUUUUGUCUAUUAGCACGUGACAAGUGAGAUAUUUGUCCAAUAAAAUAUUCGUACAGGUGUUGCAUGAAGAAAAUUUCAUUAUUUUUGCAUUUUACUUGGUUUGUAUUUGUAUAUGCGUGUGUUUUUUCGUAACAAAUAUUUUUUAUUCCCAGCGAUGGUAUUUUAUUAAAAUUUUUAUACAUAGUUUUGCACAAGAAGUUUGAAAGUAAUAAACGUUGUUUCUUCAUGUCCAAGACCUUUUGUCGUUGUGUGUGGCAUCGAACACACUUUUUCAUACGGAACAUAUGUUUGUUUUGAAGCUCCAUGAUUCUUAAAAUCGGCUUUUCAAAAUAAUUUAUAACCCUUUCGGUCCGAGCCAUUCGCAGUGCGGUCUUGUUACCAUUUUGGAAAGCUAAAAACUCCAAAUCUCGUGACUUUUGGACACUCUAGAUCGGUUUUUCCAAAAGUUGACUAAAUUUUGCGCAAAGCCGCGCAGCGAAAAUUGUAAAUUUCUUAUUUUUAUAAAAAAUUAAAAAAAAACCAA